UAUUUGGUAAGAGAUAGCUUUGGGCAACUUCUGCCUGGAUUAACACAGCCAAUCAGAAUCCAGGACUCUGCUCUUUGGACUAGAGACUGUCCCUAAAGCUGAUCACCACCUCUCCCCUCUUCAGAGCUUCUCAGAGCUUCCACUCCAGUAAGAUUCAACUCCACACCACAAGACACUUCCUGCUCCAGACCUUUUAAACUACCUCAAAUUGAUAAUGGCUCAGGGAUCAACAGUCAUCAUGACUCAACCUGGAUUUGUUCGUGCUCCCCAGAAUUCCAACUGGCACACCAGCCUGUGUGAUUGCUUCAGUGACUGCGGAGUCUGCCUCUGCGGGACGUUUUGCUUUACGUGUCUUGGGUGUCAAGUGGCAGCCGACAUGAAUGAAUGCUGUCUGUGUGGUACAACAGUGGCAAUGAGGACUCUCUAUCGAACCCGAUACGGCAUCCCCGGAUCUAUUUGCAAUGACUACAUAACCACCAUCUUCUGUCCUGUUUGCUCUCUGUGCCAAAUCAAGAGAGACAUUAACCAGAGGAAAGCCAUGAAUGCUUUCUAAGGAGCUGAAUGGUGAGAGCUCUUGCUGAAGCAGCUGAACUCAGAACACACCUCUCCAGCUCUACAAAUCUUUUGCAACUGAGAUAUUUGAUGGAUGACAUUUUAGAAAUUUGACUCUUUGCUUUAUUUUAAAUGGAUGUUGCUCUUUGACUUGGUUGCUCCUUGGUCCUAUACCAGCAAAUACUCCAACUUAUACAUUGUUUACACUUUAAACACAAACCAAAUAAAAGAUUUUACUAAGA